AUGCCCAGCGUUUAUAACAGGUUUGAAAUUCUGUUAAGACUACCUGGAGUGGCAGAUUCCCAGAAUGAACGGAGUCACCCUCUGCAGCACCCAUCACGCCCAAAGGUUCUUUUCACAGAAGCCUCAGAUAUCGGCUCUCUAAGUUUUGAAGCUUUAUUACUGCAGCAUUUUAUUCAUGAGGAUUAUAAACUCCAGACCCAGCUUCCAUAUGGCUGGGAAAAAAUCGAUGAUCCUAUAUAUGGCACUUACUAUGUUGACCACGUAAAUAGAAGAACACAGUUUGAAAACCCUGUCCUGGAAGCAAAAAGGAAGCUACAGCAGCAUAACAUGCCCCACACAGAACUUGGAACAAAGCCCCUGCAGGCCCCAGGUUUCCGAGAAAAACCACUGUUCACCCGGGAUGCAUCCCAAUUGAAAGGAACAUUUCUCAGCACCACCCUAAAAAAGAGCAACAUGGGUUUUGGAUUUACCAUCAUUGGUGGGGAUGAGCCUGAUGAGUUUCUGCAGGUGAAAAGUGUGAUUCCGGAUGGGCCUGCAGCACAGGAUGGAAAAAUGGAAACAGGUGAUGUCAUUGUCUAUAUUAAUGAAGUUUGUGUCCUUGGACACACUCAUGCAGAUGUUGUCAAACUUUUCCAGUCUGUUCCUAUUGGUCAGAGUGUCAACCUGGUGUUGUGUCGUGGCUACCCUUUGCCCUUUGACCCUGAAGAUCCUGCUAACAGCAUGGUGCCACCCCUUGCAAUAAUGGAGAGGCCACCUCCAGUGAUGGUCAAUGGAAGACAUAACUAUGAAACAUAUUUGGAAUACAUUUCUCGGACCUCACAGUCAGUUCCAGAUAUAACAGAUCGGCCACCUCAUUCUUUGCACUCCAUGCCAGCUGAUGGUCAGCUAGAUGGCACGUAUCCACCACCCGUCCAUGAUGACAAUGUGUCUAUGGCUUCAUCUGGGGCCACCCAAGCUGAACUUAUGACCUUAACCAUUGUGAAAGGUGCCCAGGGCUUUGGCUUCACUAUUGCCGACAGUCCUACAGGACAGCGGGUGAAACAAAUACUUGACAUUCAGGGAUGCUCUGGCCUGUGUGAAGGUGACCUCAUUGUUGAGAUCAACCAGCAGAAUGUACAGAACCUGAGCCAUACAGAAGUAGUGGAUAUACUUAAGGACUGCCCUAUUGGAAGUGAGACUUCUUUGAUUAUCCACCGAGGAGGUUUCUUUUCUCCAUGGAAAACUCCAAAGCCUAUAAUGGAAAGAUGGGAGAAUCAAGGCAGUCCUCAAACAAGUUUAUCUGCUCCGGCCAUAGCGCAGAACCUGCCCUUCCCACCCGCCCUUCACAGGAGUUCGUUUCCUGACUCAUCAGAGGCCUUUGACCCACGGAAGCCUGACCCAUAUGAGCUCUACGAGAAAUCUAGAGCCAUUUAUGAAAGUAGGCGUCCAGAUUAUAAGGAAUUAGAUGUUCACCUUCGGAGGAUGGAGUCUGGAUUUGGCUUCAGAAUCCUCGGGGGAGAUGAGCCUGGACAGCCUAUUUUGAUUGGAGCUGUCAUUGCCAUGGGCUCAGCUGACAGAGACGGCCGCCUGCACCCAGGAGAUGAGCUCCUGUAUGUGGAUGGGAUUCCAGUGGCCGGCAAGACCCACCGCUAUGUCAUCGACCUCAUGCACCACGCAGCCCGCAAUGGGCAAGUCAGCCUCACCAUAAGGAGAAAGGUGCUGUGUGGGGGGGAGCCUUGCCCAGAGAACGGGAGGAGUCCAGGCUCUGUGUCAACCCACCACAGCUCUCCACGCAGUGACUACGCAACCUACACCAACAGCAACCACGCUGCGCCUGGUAGCAACGCCUCUCCCCCUGAAGGCUUCACCUCCCACAGCCUGCAGACCAGUGAUGUGGUCAUUCACCGCAAAGAGAAUGAAGGCUUUGGCUUUGUCAUCAUCAGCUCCUUAAACAGGCCUGAGUCAGGAUCCACUAUAACUGUGCCCCAUAAAAUUGGACGCAUCAUUGAUGGGAGUCCUGCAGAUCGCUGUGCAAAACUAAAAGUGGGAGACCGGAUCUUAGCAGUGAAUGGCCAGUCCAUCAUCAACAUGCCUCAUGCUGACAUCGUGAAGCUCAUCAAGGACGCGGGUCUCAGUGUCACACUUCGCAUCAUUCCUCAGGAGGAGCUCAACAGCCCAGCCUCGGCACCCAGCUCAGAGAAGCAGAGCCCCCUGGCCCAACAGCACAGCCCCUUGGCCCAGCAGAGUCCUCUGGCCCAACCAAGCUCGGCCACCCCCAACAGCCCCAUUGCCCAACCAGCUCCUCCUCAGCCACUCCUGCUGCAAGGACAUGAAAAUAGUUAUAGGUCAGAAGUAAAGGCAAGGCAAGAUGUGAAACCAGACAUCCGACAGCCUCCAUUCACGGACUACAGGCAGCCCCCGCUGGACUACAGGCAACCCCCAGGAGGGGACUACCAGCAGCCCCCCCCUUUGGACUACAGGCAGCCACCCCUGCUGGACUACAGGCAGCACUCUCCUGACACCAGGCAGUACCCUCUGUCAGACUACAGGCAGCACCAGGAUUUUGAUUAUUUCACUGUGGACAUGGAGAAAGGAGCCAAAGGAUUUGGAUUCAGCAUUCGUGGAGGAAGGGAAUACAAAAUGGAUUUGUACGUGUUGAGAUUGGCAGAAGAUGGGCCAGCAAUAAGGAACGGAAGGAUGAGGGUAGGAGAUCAAAUCAUUGAAAUCAAUGGAGAAAGCACAAGGGACAUGACACAUGCCAGAGCUAUAGAACUCAUCAAAUCUGGAGGAAGAAGGGUGAGGCUGCUGCUGAAGCGAGGCACGGGACAGGUCCCAGAAUAUGGAAUGGUACCUUCCAGUCUCUCCAUGUGCAUGAAAAGUGACAAGCAUGGGUCCCCAUAUUUCUACUUAUUGGGCCACCCUAAAGACACGACGAACCCAGCGCCUGGAGCUCUCCCGCUGCCGCCGCCCCAGGUCUGCCGGAAGUAGGCGUCUCGCUCGAGGACGUCCUCUCUCCAUUCUCU